UUGCGCGGCAGUUGCACGCGCGACACAUAACGGUGUGUGUCUGUUCCUUCUCGCGAACAAAUUCAACGUGACAAGACCAAGACUAAGACGAAAACUAAAACUAAAACUAAAACUGAAACUAAAACUAAGACUAAGACUAAGACGAAAACGUAGACGAAGACGAAGACGAGGACGAAGAAGACAACGACGAGGACACUGGCGCCGGGCCAAGGAAGAUCCAACGAUAUAAAGAUCACCGAUCGAGCGCUACUCUUGACUACUCGCUCGUGCAACGUCGUCUCAAGUGCAGUUGAACUGACAAGUGUUGAAAUCAUCCGUAAAGAAGAGGAGAAGGAGGAAGAAGAAGAAGAUAUAUAGAGAGAGAAAAAAAGAGAUAAAGAUAGAGAAAGAGAAAAAUAGAGUGUGAAAAAAAGAAAAGAGAGAGAGAGAAAGAGAGAGAGAGAUAGAGUGAAUACUUCAUAAAAAUCAUGACUCGCAAGGCAAACUUUCAGGGAGAAUUGGUGGUGAUUCUAGCGUUAUUAACGGCAUGCGUGACGAUCGUCCAAUCGACGAAGACGAGAGAAGAAAAGAUCGAUAUUGCUGUUGGUAAUAGGGAAAGGAGACACGUAGGAGUCGUUGAAGUAUCGUCCGAUCGAGGAGAACGAUCUACUGAUAUACCGGACGUUCGAGUUUUCAACAAGUCAGUAACGAGCAGUAAAAGCAAUGAGAUUAGCUCGGAAACAGGAAGGAAAGUGUCUCAUAGACUGAUCGGAGGCCAUUUGAGAGAUGACAGGUGGAAAAAACGACGAGAUGAGAAAGGUGAUGAGGAUAUGUUAGCGUCGUCGGCUGGUAACGGUAAAGAAACGAGAAGUUCGCUUCGUAGCGAUGAUGACGACGAAAGGAAGACGUUGUCUCAGCAGGUCAAGGAGGGCAAGUACGGUCUGAUACAAAAUGAAAUUUACGAAGAGGAAAAUCCGAGACGACCGGGUAUCAUAAGUUAUCUCGAUAAUCCCGAGGUUCCAAAGGACAACAUUGAAAAUCUCGGUGGUCUCGACGAGGACGAAAUUUGGUUGGCGGAAAAUCAUUUGUUGGUAUUAAAGGGCGGUAAUUUUCCGGGACGGAGUCCAACCAAUCGACCGAUUUAUUCGUCGGAUAAGAACAAACAAAAAUGGCCACCGAUCGAUGAUUAUCAAGCACCUAAAAGACAGGUGAAAAUACCGUCUAAACCGAAAGUACCACCACCCUUUCCGGUACAGCUUAAGGAUGGAGGACCGAUACAGAUUAUUGGAGUCAAUGGUAGUACAGAGAUCGAGAAUGCUACGUUGGAUCGAACCAUGGAUCCUUUUUAUGGGAAAGGUAUUUUACCGGGAGAUGGACCGUUCUUUACUAUAACUUCGAACGGUACCAUCGUCGUACCAGAUUUCGAUUAUCCUGCUAAUUCUACGGCGGAUGACGUUCAAGGAUCAAUCGUUCCAAACGACGACGGGAAAAAUAUCAAAUCCGAGGAACCACCGAUCUUCUAUCACGCCAUACCGCCUGGUGCCGUAUUCGUACCACCACCGAGCAAUCGUUCCGAUUACGACGACGAAGAUCAAUCGAUAUACUAUCCACCACCAUAUAGCUUUUAUUACCCCCAAGAUAAUACCACGGCAGUGCCACCAGGUCCUUUAGUACCUGGUAUCAUUUUACCACCACCACCAGACUUCUUCUCACCUCUCGAGGAAAAGAAAACUACGACGAAGAAAUACACUAAACGUCCAAGUACCUCGAUGCUGCCAAAAUCAAGACCGACCUAUCUUCCACCGAGAAAGCUUACAACGAGGAAACAAUGGGAAAGUACGACGAUCGUGCCAAAAAUAAGUACAACGCAAUUGCCACGUACAAGAAUUUACAUUCCACCGAUGUUAAAGAAUUUAACGGGAACACCCGUUACAAGGAUUCGCCCGAGCACCGUACCUUACGCGGAAGUUACCACUGUUACACCGGAAAUACAAUCUACUUUAAGAAACACUAAAUAUUACGGCGUUAAUUCAUUGGUUGGAAACGGAAUGACCGAAACACCGAACACAGAGGACAAGCUUCAAACGUGGCCCAGAUCGACCAAUGGCAAAUCUCUUCCAGUAGUGAAUUAUUAUGCUUCAACGACACCUCCUACACCCGUCGAUGAAUCCGUGGAAGUGACACCAGCUGCUAUCAAGAACGUUAUAACGACCGAUCAACCUGUACAAUUACCGAACAGAGCGUCUUAUUACUUUUACGAGGAAUCGAACGAUGGUAACGUCGCUAGCACCGUAGAAUCGGCACCAGUUUAUUACCAAACUACUACGGAAUCUCCGUAUUACAAAGUCGAGCCACUUUCUCAACAACCAAGAGACGAGAAACCGUACUACAGCGUUGAAACUCAUCCACCGAAAGACACUUCGAGAGAUUACAACGUCAAACUGAUAGAUACCCUUGUUGAUAAUCCCCAAGUAUUUCAAUAUAGAGGUUCCGAAGACUCGUCUACAUCGACGAAAUAUGAUACAACAUUGAACAGAGAUCAAGGAGAAGGAUUAUUCGCGGAUCAGGCUCCUAUCUAUUAUCAAACGAUAACAGCUCGUCCGCCUGUAACGAUACAACGAUCCUAUUACACUACACCGAAAUCUUCUAGGUAUUACCAAGAAUCUGAGGAACGAGUACAACUUGGUAACAGACAAGAUACAAUAUCUAAGCCUAUUUAUCAAUACAGUUUCGAAAUAGCUGAUUACUCGAAGAGAGGUCAGGGUCAACGACCUUAUUACAGACAACAAAACGAACGAGUCACGUACGAUUAUCAGACAGUUAAAUCUAACAAUCAGCGAUACGAUUAUGACACCGAUCGACCGAAUAACGUACCUUACAAAAUUCAAGGUCCCAUUUAUCCUUCCACGACUGGUCGGCCAACGUUAAACGUUACUCCCAAUCCUCAACACGCAUACUUCACACGACAAGAAGAAAGACUUUUGGACGACGUUACGAAAGAAUAUUUUACGAUAUUUGGUAAGAAAAUUAAUGGAAAGGAGACACCAAGUACCACGCCGAUUUACAACAAGGCCAGUCACGUUACGGAGAGACCCAAUUACGAUGUUAAUAGAUAUGUAUCAAAUAAUUAUAACGUACCACCGGAGAUUACUUAUAGAGAUCAGGUAUAUUACGACCACGAUGCACCACCACCGAAUCUAGAAAGUGACACACGCGUUAACUAUCGUCGACCUUUACCACCCAUCAAUCCAGAUAGCGAAUUUGUUGAAGUAUUCGAUCCAAAGGAACGUGGACAACCUUAUGUGCAACAACGACCGACGAUUUCUCUUAAGGAUGACACACUCGUUAAUUAUCGUAAUCCAAGGCCACCGAUCAAUCCCGAUGCCGAAUUUAUUCAUCCUAUUUCUAUUUCUAAUCAAGGUCCUGUUAAUACCGACAAGAGUAGUGCGUACUUUGCUUAUAGAUUACCAGGCGACGGUGGCCAUUUUUAUUUCCUUACGCCUCAAGCAAUCAGGCAAGAACAAAAUGGAGGAGGAGAUAAUGGUGAUAGUAGUGACAUCGAUGAUGACGAUGGUGGUGGUGGUGGUGGUGGUGGUGGUAAUGGUGGUUAUUACUAUCCAAAACCAAGAGGUCCGAAGCUUUUACGACGUAGAAGAAAUCCUGGCGACGUAUAAUAAGCGCUUCUCUUAAUUCUUAGUUAAAAAAUUCAAUUAGGCAGUUGUCCGAUGCCAUAUGUAUUAGAAUGUUACGAGUGCCGAGAAGAUGCGUGUCAUAAAUGUGCGAUCGAAACGUUCGGAAUAUUUAUUAUGUUUCUGUAAAUAUCAGCAUGUAUAAGUUAAGGUAGUUAUUAGCCAUUAAAACCUCUAAGUUAUGCAAUCUAGUUAACCAUUUCCUUCCAUUAUUAUUGACACGGAUUAACGAGAUGCUAUUCCCCGUGCGAAGCUAAGUACAUAGAACGCCGAGCGAUUGACCGAAAUGUACUUGCGCAUUGUCUGUGAUUGCAAUGUAUAUUUAUACACGUACACCGUUGUAUACGUACGUUACGAUAAAUAAAUUGCGGGACACAUCGUA